AUGCCUCAUGUCAUACCCGUUUCAGAGCAACCAGCCGCAUUUUUCACUCAUUCCAACCCAACCAGUUCACAUUCGUUUCCUAAUUCAGGCAGACUUUUAGAAACACACAGAAUGAAAAUAAUUGCAGAUGUGAAUCACAUUCACCGCAAGCCCAUUUAUGAAUGUUUUAUACGAACGCUGCACUUGAUGAUGACGAUGCCGAAUAGAAGAAACUUCUUUCCUUGA